AAUCCGCACAUACACAUCCAGCAGCACUGGGAAAACUCGACGGAAACUGCGCCUGCUCGGCUAUUAUUGCUUUCUUCAUGGGACAACAAAAAAGACUUAUUCUUCACUUGGUUAGCAGCCAUUUCUUUCAGUCUUCACCUUCGUCUGUGCCGGAGAUCAUGGGAGGCUGUUGACAUCCAUCUUGACCACUAGCAAAAGGGAACACAUUGGAGUAGCCUGAGGUUGGUGCACAGCGAUAAGUCUGAACAUGGCUGCCCAUCGAAUCAGAGCCACCACCUCUAACAAUACUUCUCUCCCACGCUGCAAGUCCGAGGGGACACUCAUUGAUCUUGGUGAAGGAGUGUCAGAAGCCAGCCUGACUGAUGUCAAAGUGCCUUCCCCAAGUGCCUUGCGACUGGACGCGACUGCCUCCUUUGGUGCUGCAAGGGAAGUUGUUGCCAUUAAGGACUACUGCCCAUCCAGCUUCACCACCCUGAAGUUCUGUAAAGGGGACCGCCUCUAUGUUCUGGACUCAUCAGGAGGAGAGUGGUGGUAUGCCCACAACAACACAGAAAUGGGGUACAUCCCUGCAGCUUAUGUGCAGCCCAUCAACUAUAGAGAUUCGUCCUUCAGCGACAGUGGGAUGAUUGACACUGUGGGAGACUGUAACGAGGAGGCAGCCAAAGAAAUGGACCUUCUAGGAGAGUGGGCAGGGGUGAUUUUGAAACCAACUGCGUACCAAAACGGCAAUCCUUUUGCAGUAACCCAUACCUCUACAAAUCCUUUCCUGAAUGGGGGUUCUCAGAGCUCACAUGAUCAGAACAGUAAUGAGAAAUCAGUUGACCUUCUUCUGUUUGAUACGCUCACUCCAUCAGUGCCCAACUCAGCCAGCUGCACCACCAACAUCAGUGGUUUUGGCAGUGGCAUUUGUAACUUGAACCCUCUUAGCCCCACUGUAGGGGUGGGACAAACAUUGCGUAGGGACAACCCAUUUUUUAGAAGCAAGCGGUCCUACAGUCUGUCUGAGUUGUCCAUCCUGCAAGGAGGUCCUGCAAUGACCUCUACCAGUUUCUUCGGAGGACUCAAGGCACCGGCGCCAGAGCAGUUCCAAAGCAGGGAGGAUUUCCGGACUGCAUGGCUCACCCACCGCAAGCUAGCCAGGUCUUGCCAUGACUUGGACUCACUGGGUCAGAACCCAGGCUGGGGCCAAACACAGCCUGUGGAAACCAACAUCGUCUGCCGGCUGGACAGCUCAGGAGGGGCUGUCCAGCUUCCAGACACCAACAUCAGCAUCCAUAUACCUGAGGGCCAUGUAGCCCAAGGUGACACCCAGCAGAUUUCAAUCAAAGCUUUACUCGAUCCGCCACUAGAGCUGAACAAUGAUCGCUGCACCACAGUCAGCCCUGUGGUGGAGAUUAAACUCAGCAACAUGGAGACCAAAACUGCUGUUACACUAGAGAUAAAAGUGUCUGUCGUGGUGAAAAUGGAGAGCAGGCUGACAACAGAAGUCUUGUGUGUCCGGAGUGAUUGCAAAGAGGGACCUUACACUCCCAUUCCUCAGGCAUACAUUUAUGGGGACACUGUCCAGGUGUGCCUGGAUAACCUGGAACCAUGCAUGUAUGUGUGUGUUGUGGCUCAAUCCCAGUCUUCAGACUCAACAGUUUGGGAGCAUGUGGUUAAAAAAAUCACCUUAGGAGUAUAUGGUCCCAAACAUAUUCACCCGUCGUUCAAGACAGUCGUGGCUAUGUUUGGCCAUGAUUGUGCCCCAAAGACAUUAUUGGUCAGUGAGGCAGGCAAACAGGUGCAGUCUGCACCGUCAGUGGUGCUGCAACUCUGGGGUAAACAUCAGUUUGUCCUGUCCAAACCCCAGGACCUCCGCGUUGGAGUUUAUUCCAACAUGGCCAACUAUGAGGUUAAGGCUAGUGACCAGGCCAGAGUGGUCCGGGGCUUCCAGGUUAAACUAGGCAAAGUCAGCAGACUCAUCUAUGUCAUUGCUUCGCGCCACACUGAAGAUGUUUCUGAUUUCACCUUAAGAAUCCAGGUCAAGGAUGACCAAGAUUGCAUACUGGCUCAGUUUUGCGUCCAGACACCAACACCACCAGCCAAAGGAGGCCCAAAGACAUCAGUGCAAAGGCGCUUCCUGAAGAAGAAAGAAGUGGGCAAGAUAGUCUUGUCGCCUCUUGCCAUUGCCACCAAGUACCCUGUUUUCCAGGACAGGAGAAUAAAUAACCUGAAAUUUGGAAAGUUAAUCAAAACUGUCAUCCGCCAAACAAAAAAUCAGUACUUGCUCGAGUACAAAAAAGGAGACUUUGUAGCUCUGUUGAGUGAGGAGAAGAUCAAGCUGAAGGGCCAGUUGUGGACAAAAGAAUGGUACAUUGGAUAUUAUCAGGGCAAAAUGGGAUUUGUGCACGCCAAGAAUGUGCUAGUGGUUGGCAAAGUUAAGCCCAUUUACUUUGGUGGACCUGAUCUUACAACACUAUUGUUACUGGAACAGAUACUGAAGCCCUGCAAAUUCCUCACAUACAUCUAUGCGUCUGUAAGAACUAUAUUGAUGGAGAACAUCGGCAACUGGCGAGCAUUCGCAGAUGCCCUUGGAUAUGUCAACCUGCCCUUGACCCAUUUCUGUCGUGCAGAGCUGGACAGCGAACCUGAGAGGGUCGCAUCAGUGCUGGAGAAGCUGAAGGAGGACUGCAACAAUGCAGAGAGCAAAGAGCGGAAGUCCUUCCAGAAAGAACUCCUGACAGCUCUGUUAAAGAUGGACUGUCAGGGUCUCGUGGCCAGACUGGUCAUGGACUUUGUCCUCCUGACCACAGCUGUGGAAGUGGCUGGACGCUGGAGGGAGCUGGCUGAGAGGCUUGCCAAGGUUUCACGCCAGCAGAUGGAUGCUUACGAGGCACCGCAUCGCGACAAGAAUGGGGUGGUGGACAGCGAGGCCAUGUGGAAGCCAGCGUAUGACUUCCUGGUCACAUGGGCCGCUCAGAUUGGGGACAGCUACAGGGACGUGAUCCAGGAGCUGCACCUAGGUUUAGACAAGAUGAAGAACCCUGUCACCAAACGCUGGAAGCAUCUGACCGGUACACUCAUCUUGGUCAACUGCUUGGACGCCUUGCGGAGCUCCGCCUUUAGCCCCGCUGCUCAGGAUGACUAUGCCAUCUAACUCUCUCCUUUAUGACUCAGUGUUAAUCCUGCACUCUUCUGGAGCAUUUUAAAUGUUUCACAGUUUGAAGUGCUGCAUAUCAGCUUUCUCUAAAUCACUCUAAAUGCUAGUACUGAUGUUGUAUGUUGUUAUUUCAUUCCUGCAGUGCAGCCUUCAGCUCCCCGUGCACAGGGGAACAUUGCUACAUCUCUGCAGGUGCUGGCCAAACAACACAAUGUUGUAUGGAGCUCACAGUAUUCAUAAAUGACUCUUUUAAUAGGGCCUGUCUUGCGCAAUUACAUAUUUUUGUACUGUUGUUAUGGCACUAUUUUUACAGCAACACUUUUAACCCUUUGGUUAAAAAGUGUGGAUUGAACACCACAAAAGAAAGACACUUUUUCAAGAAAAGACACUUUUCAAUGUUGUAUCCUUGUUACCGUAGCCUUGUCAUGUGUCAAAUCUGCUCUAUUUAUUUGUACAUGAAGGAGAAAGGUUACUUUUUCUCCAUCUUUCUUCUGCAGUGUUAUACAGUGCACAGCACAGUUGCACUUAUGCAUAGGGAUGUGAAAAUUCUAUGGUUCAGAAAAUGUAGUGCCAAAGGAAAGGGCUGUCAGAAGGCAAGGUUAAGUUCCAAAAUAUACUAAAUAUAGUGUACACUUAAACUGAUAUUAUUGUAUGUGGGGCUUCUUUUUUAUGGAUAAAACACAUUUUGCUUCUGAUCCCUUGCACAGCACUUCAAAAAAAAAAAAAAAACAUUCCUUUAA